AUUGACAGUUGAGACCUGGAAAUUGAUAGACGUUUCACAGUUAUUCCUCGAUUUCAACUUCAGAAAGGAAAAUGGAAAACAAUACUGAUUCUCCAUGUCACCUUUCAUUACAGACCAUCAACAAAUCGGCAAAGGUAAAUGUGACAGAAGACAUGAGGUUACCUGAAAGCAUCAGAAAAGCUCUAAGAACACGGACCUUAAAUGUAUGGGAGAUAAAGCCGGACCAGAUGUUGACUUACCUGGAACACAUGUUCUAUGAACUGGACUUAGUGACACAAUUCAAGAUGGAGCCCGAGAUCCUAAAAUAUUUCUUGCGCUGUGUACAGAAUAAUUACAGAGACAAUCCCUUCCACAACUUCCGGCACGGAUUCUGUGUUACUCAGAUGAUGUACUGCGUGAUAUGGGCAUGUGAGCUGCAGGGCUGCCUAACUGCUGCCGAUACUGUAAGUCUUAUGGUGGCCUCGCUGUGCCAUGACUUGGAUCACCCUGGUCUCAACAACGCAUAUCAGGUUAAUGCUUGCACAGAACUGGCUUCUCGAUUCCAGAAUAAAUCACCACUUGAAAACCAUCACUGGGCCGUCACAUCGCAGAUCCUGAGCCAACCGCAGUCCAAUAUCUUACUCCAUGCUGACACAGAAGACGUCCAGCAGAUAUUAAAGUCAAUUAAGGAUCUGAUUUUAGCAACUGACAUGUCCCAUCAUUCUGAAAUACUGCGAACAUUACAGCAAACAGAGAUCUUAAACCUAUCAAACGCAGAACACGUGACAAUGCUGAAGAAGAGUUUGAUCAAAUUCUGUGACAUUUCUAAUGAGGCUCGACCUGCAGAUCAGGCAGAUAUUUGGGCAGACGCGUUAUUUGAAGAGUACUUUAUUCAGAGUGACCGCGAGAAAGCUGAAGAUCUCCCUGUCACCCCAUACAUGGACCGAGAUAUUGUGUCAAAAGCCGAAUCCCAGAGCUCAUUCAUCAGCUUCCUGAUUAUUCCCUUGUGUCAGACACUCGGCAAGAUCUUACCACAGCUGAACACCCUGAUGAUGGAACCGUUAUCAGAAGCAAAGCAACGUUACCAAGAGCAAAUGGAGGCUCAGAAGGCGGCCUUAUGAUGUCACCGAGUCUGUUGUCCACACAAUGUGGUUACGGCCAUGAACAGUGGGGCCUGGAAAUCACCAUGGUGUUUGGAUUCUCUCUCAUUGAUUUGUAAAAUAUUAUUUUAAUAGUUUUGAAUGUAAGAAUAAAAGUGUGUCCUGUUUUAUUCCA